GAGCGCAUCGCCCGGAGCGACGCAGGACAGCCGGGCGACGGGUGCCACGGGCCAGGGCGCGCCAGAUGGUAAAUUUGGACAUGCUACUAUGAAGAAAUGCCACAUGGUCCUGGAGCAGGAAUGUCCAGGUUACUGCCACCUUAGGAAACUUGGGUUUACUAACAGCACUUGCCAGGGAAUCUGAUGUGGUUUGACCCAGAAGCAAGAAACACAUCGUCACCAAUGACAUCAUGACAGCAAGAGAGCACAGCCCUCGCCAUGGUGCCAGGGCCCGUGCAAUGCAGCGGGCAUCCACUAUUGAUGUGGCAGCUGACAUGCUGGGCCUCUCUCUGGCAGGAAAUAUACAAGAUCCAGAUGAACCCAUUUUAGAAUUCAGCUUAGCUUGCAGUGAGUUGAAUACUCCAUCGCUAGAUCGAAAACCAAAUAGUUUUGUAGCAGUGAGUGUUACUACCCCUCCUCAGGCAUUCUGGACAAAGCAUGCACAAACAGAGAUCAUUGAGGGAACCAACAAUCCUAUAUUUCUAAGCAGUAUUGCCUUCUUUCAAGACUCACUUAUCAAUCAGAUGACACAAAUCAAACUAUCUGUGUAUGACGUCAAAGAUAGAUCUCAGGGAACAAUGUAUUUACUGGGCUCUGGAACAUUCAUUGUCAAAGAUCUGCUCCAGGACAGGCAUCACAGGUUACAUUUAACACUAAGGUCUGCAGAGAGUGAUCGUGUGGGUAACAUCACAGUGAUUGGCUGGCAGAUGGAGGAGAAGUCAGACCAGCAACCCCCUGUGACCCGGUCUGUAGACACAGUCAAUGGAAGGAUGGUUCUGCCUGUUGAUGAGAGCCUGACUGAGGCAUUGGGAAUCCGAUCCAAAUAUGCUUCAUUGCGAAAAGACACUUUACUGAAAUCGGUGUUUGGAGGAGCCAUCUGCCGCAUGUACCGAUUUCCAACCACUGAUGGCAACCACCUGAGGAUCCUGGAGCAGAUGGCAGAGAGUGUGCUCUCCCUGCAUGUGCCCCGGCAGUUUGUGAAGCUCCUACUAGAAGAAGACGCAGCCAGAGUAUGUGAGCUGGAGGAGUUAGGGGAGCUGUCUCCUUGCUGGGAAAGCCUUCGGCGCCAAAUCGUCACCCAGUAUCAGACAGUUAUCCUCACGUACCAGGAAAACCUGACUGACCUUCAUCAGUACAAAGGUCCUUCUUUUAAAGCAAGUAGUUUGAAAGCAGAUAAAAAGUUAGAAUUUGUUCCCACAAACCUUCACAUACAAAGGAUGAGAGUUCAAGAUGACGGAGGAUCAGAUCAGAAUUAUGAUGUUGUCACUAUUGGAGCACCAGCAGCACACUGCCAAGGUUUUAAGUCAGGAGGUCUUCGCAAAAAACUACACAAAUUUGAAGAAACCAAGAAACAUACAUCAUCUAGCUGCCAGUCUAUCAUCUACAUACCACAAGACAUCAUCAGAGCCAAAGAGAUUAUCGCCCAGAUCAACACCCUGAAAACCCAAGUUAGUUACUACGCAGAGCGGCUCUCAAGGGCAGCCAAGGACAGGUCUGCCACUGGCCUUGAAAGGACACUUGCCAUCUUGGCAGACAAGACCCGGCAGCUGGUCACAGUUUGUGACUGCAAGCUGCUGGCCAGCUCCAUCCAUGGACUGAAUGCUGCACGACCUGACUACAUCGCCUCCAAGGCCUCCCCGACCUCAACAGAGGAGGAACAGGUGAUGCUUCGGAAUGACCAGGACACCCUCAUGGCCAGGUGGACUGGGAGGAACAGCCGAUCUUCCCUGCAAGUGGACUGGCAUGAGGAGGAGUGGGAGAAAGUGUGGUUGAACGUGGACAAAAGCCUGGAAUGCAUCAUCCAGCGAGUGGACAAGCUACUGCAGAAGGAGCGCCUGCAUGGCGAGGGCUGUGAGGAUGUCUUUCCUUGUGCAGGCAGCUGCACCAGCAAGAAAGGUAACCGGAACAGCCACGCCUACUGGAUCAGACCGGAGGACCCCUUCUGCAACAUCCCCUCCUCACCAUGCCCCUCUUCCAUGUCCAUUGCUGCAUGCCAUCCUCACCCAAGCACACAUACCAGUCCCCCUCCUGAAGAGUCCAGCCCAGGUGAAUGGAGUGAAGCCCUAUACCCCCUGCUGACUACCCUCACAGACUGCGUGUCCAUGAUGAGUGACAAGGCCAAGAAGGCCAUGGUCUUCCUGCUCAUGCAGGACAGUGCCCCCACCAUAGCUUCUUACCUGAGCCUGCAGUACCGCCGCGACGUAGUCUUCUGCCAAACCCUGACUGCUCUCAUCUGUGGCUUCAUCAUCAAGCUAAGGAACUGCCUGCAUGAUGAUGGCUUCCUGCGGCAGCUCUACACCAUUGGACUACUGGCCCAGUUUGAAAGCCUCCUAAGCACCUACGGAGAGGAGCUGGCGAUGCUGGAGGACAUGAGCCUCGGAAUCAUGGACUUGAGGAAUGUGACCUUUAAAGUCACACAGGCCACUUCCAAUGCAUCAACUGACAUGCUGCCUGUCAUCACAGGAAACCGUGAUGGGUUUAAUGUGCGGAUCCCUUUGCCAGGCCCACUCUUUGAUACCUUGCCCCGGGAAAUCCAGAGUGGCAUGUUGCUUCGAGUGCAGCCAGUCCUCUUUAAUGUGGGCAUCAAUGAGCAACAGACACUGGCUGAGAGGUUUGGUGAUACGUCUUUACAAGAAGUCAUCAAUGUGGAGAGUUUGGUGCGACUAAAUUCUUACUUUGAACAAUUUAAGGAAGUGUUGCCGGAGGAUUGUCUACCUCGAUCUCGGAGUCAGACCUGCCUGCCUGAACUGCUGCGCUUUCUAGGCCAGAACGUCCAUGCCCGAAAGAAUAAGAAUGUGGAUAUUCUGUGGCAGGCUGCUGAGGUCUGCCGCCGCCUUAAUGGGGUCCGGUUCACCAGCUGCAAGAGCGCUAAGGACCGCACAGCCAUGUCUGUGACACUGGAACAGUGCCUGAUCCUGCAGCAUGAACACGGCAUGGCCCCACAGGUCUUCACACAGGCCCUUGAGUGCAUGCGCAGUGAGGGUUGUCGAAGAGAAAAUACAAUGAAGAAUGUUGGAAGUCGCAAAUAUGCAUUUAAUUCCCUGCAGCUGAAGGCUUUCCCCAAGCAUUACAGGCCUCCCGAAGGGACUUAUGGAAAAGUUGAAACAUGAACACACGGUUUCCUCUAAUUAGCUGUUACAUAAUAAUUGUGGGUACCCUCUAG